UUGUUUACGACAGUACGCAGUGUUGUUCGUACUGUAACGAUCGUCAGACAGCGUAACACACUUGAUUACUUGAUUGUUAUUUGUGUUAGUGAAUUGACAAUAAUUACUAUAAAAAUAUAAUAAAUAAAUAAUAUUCUUGGUCUCCAGUUAUGUUGUUCCUGAUUUGGUUCGUGAUGGCUGUCGCAGCGUUGGUGCUUUACUUUCGUCAAAUACACUCCAGAUACUCCAAACAUGAUAUAAAGCAUUUGAAAACCAGCGAGAGCCUGAGAAGCAUGGCUAAACUUAUUCUGAGGAUCAAUCACUUCACGGAUGAUCUUCAAAGAUUCUACGACAACUUUCCUGAUGAAAGGUUUAUAGGAAGUUACGAAUUUCUAACACCCAAAAUAAUGAUAAAAGAUCUUGAUUUGGUAAAGAGAAUCACUAUUAAAGACUUUGAGUAUUUCUUAGAUCACCGAGUGUUCAUAGACGAAAAAUUAGAUCCAUUCUUUGGAAGAAAUUUAUUUUCAUUGAAAGGCCAAGAAUGGAAAGAUAUGCGAUCAACCUUAAGUCCAGCGUUUACCAGUUCAAAAAUACGAUUGAUGGUUCCAUUUAUGGUCGAAGUUGGAGAUCAAAUGAUACAAGCUCUUAAAGCUAAGAUCAAAGAUUCAGAUGUUGAUUACAUCGAUAUUGAGAGCAAAGAUUUGGCGACUAAAUAUGCCAAUGACGUCAUCGCCUCUUGUGCAUUUGGGCUUAAAGUAAACUCGCACAUCGAUGAAGAUAACGAAUUUUAUCAGAAGGGAAGAGAGGCUACAAAUUUAAAAUAUACUCAAAUGCUUAGAUUUUUCUGUUUCAUCUGCUUUCCAAAACUUAUGGCGAAACUAAAAUUUACAUUGUUCACUGAGAAAAUGACCAGCUUUUUUAAGAAUCUGGUUCUGAAUACGAUGAGAAAUCGGGAGGAGCAUAACAUCAUCAGACCAGAUAUGAUACAUCUUUUAAUGGAAGCUAAAAAGGGAAAACUAAAAUAUGAUGACAAGACCGCACAGGACACGGAUGCUGGAUUCGCUACCGUUGAAGAGUCAUCGGUCGGAAAGAAAGUUAUAGAUAGAGUCUGGUCGGACAGUGAUUUAAUAGCACAAGCAAUUUUAUUCUUCCUUGCCGGCUUCGAGACUGUAUCAUCAGCUAUGGCGUUCGCUCUGCACGAGUUGGCAAUCAACCCUGAUGUACAAGAGAAACUUGUGCAGGAGAUCAAAGAGAAUGAGAUAAAAAAUGGCGGCAAGUUUGAUUACAAUUCGAUUCAAAACAUGAAAUACAUGGACAUGGUAGUUUCAGAGGUACUACGAUUAUGGCCACCAGCUAUUGCCACGGAUAGAAUAUGCAACAAGGAUUAUAACUUGGGCAAGGCUAAUAACAAAUCGACUGAGGAUUACAUUAUACGAAAAGGUGAAGGUGUCACAAUUCCGACGUGGACUAUCCACCGGGACCCUAAGUUCUUCCCCAAUCCCACGAAGUUCGACCCUGAACGCUUCUCCGAAGAAAACAAACGCAAUAUCCAUCCUUUCUCAUACAUGCCUUUCGGAUUGGGACCCAGAAAUUGUAUUGGUUCUAGAUUCGCUCUGUGCGAGGUGAAAGUAAUGUUGUAUCAACUGCUACAACAUAUGAAGGUGACGCCGUGUGAAAAAACAUGUAUACCGACCAAGCUCAGCACCGAGUCGUUCAACGUUCGCAUAAAAGGAGGCCACUGGAUACGACUGAAGAUUAGAUCAUAAUGGAAGACUGAAGAAAAUAUAAAUAAUAAUAAAAAAAAAAAUUCAAUUUCAAAUUCAAGGUUCAAUAUGUUACAUCAUAACGAAAAUUUAUAAUAACUUUAUUAAAAUUGUAUUCAAUAUAAAAUAUUGAUACUAUAAUAUAAUAUAAUGAUACUUAUAUUACAAUUCAUUUAACAUAAAUAUAUGAUUUUUAUCUAAAA